AUGAUUCAAAACCUAGAAAAAGGCAAAGAUCUUCCAAAAGUUUCAAUUCUGCGUGCUCUUCAAAUACUUGUUUCGUCGUGGGACAAAGUGAAGAAAGAAACCAUCGUAAAUUGCUUCAAGAAAUCAAAGAUUUCCAAGAAAGCUCAACAGAAUGCAACUGAUGAUAUUGAUGAUCCAUUUAAACAACUGGAGAAAGAUCUCACACAACUGCGUGCCAUUGACGAUACCAUUAUUCCUGCUGAUCUCUCGGCCCGUGAUGUUGUCGAUAUUGACCAAGAUUUGACCACAAUCGAAAAUCCCGUGACUGAUGAAGAAAUCCUUGAGUCGGUACGGCCAAGUACAGAUGAGAAUGACGAGGAGCAUGAUGAAAAUGCCGAUGUCAUCGAGGUGUUUGAUGAGCCAGUAAGCAAGCCAACAAAAUCAGAAAUAAACACUGCAGUGGAGACUUUACAAAAUGCUUGUCUAUUCACUGAUGAUGUAAAUGACAUGCAACGCCUCCUGCUUCGCUUUGAAGAUUUGUUUCUUAAAAGUGAAAUGAAAAACAAGAAGCAAACUAGUAUUUUGAGCUUUUUCGAUCAAAAAUAA